AUGAGAACAACGUUUGCAGCACUCUUGUGGUGCGCUCUAGCUUCCUCUACGACAAUAGCAAUCCAAAAACAUGAACUUGAGAAUCCUGCCAAGAAACCGCUACCUGCCACCGAGGCAAAUGUUCUACACCGCCGUAGAGACCGAAUAAUUGAAUGGGAAAGGAUUGACUGCGGUCCAGGCCCGAACCAAUGGGAUCCAGCCGAUAUUGAACAAAUCGCAAUGGGGAUCCAACAUCUCAGCGGAUUAGCAGGUAAGCCGGGCAAUGGACCAGGGCCUGGAAAUUGCGGUCGAGUCAGUUGUUCUUGGGGUGCCUCGAUUUGGUGGUGUAACGAUAAUGCUACACCGUAUCAACUGGACGGAUGGGAGGAUAUCGUGGAAGGUGCCAAGAGGAUUUUCGAGAAAUGUACCGAAGCCAGUUCAGAGGUACUUGGCCAGGCCUUCGCAAAGGAUGGCUGGAAUGUUAUUAUUCGACAUGAUACUUGUUGA